UUCUUUUGAUCUCUUUUUGAUGAGUAUGUGAUAGGCGAGGUUUUUCUGGAGAGUAAAUUAAAUUUAAUGGAUGAAAAGGAGAGAAGAUUAUUUUACCAAAAACGUUAAUGUAUUCAUUAAAUUAUGAAUAAAUUGAUUGAUUUUGGAAUUGAUUUAGAGAGGAAAAUUUUUUAAGGAAAAAAUUUAAGGAAAAUUUUUUUUUAAUUUUAAUUCAAAUAAUUUAAAAUAAUAUUUUUAUAGUUUUUAUAAAAAAAUGUUUAAUCAACAAGGAAAUUCAAAUCAAGACAAAAACGAACAUUUAAUUUCAAUGUCUAAACAAAAUCAACAACAGAAUUUAAACAAUGAAAGUUAUGCAAAUGAAAAUUUUUUUGUACACCCCCACCAACAACAACAUAAUUUUUAUCCAACUCCAACUAGUUUAUCUUCAUCUCUUGGACAUAAACGACAAUUGACUGAAGAACAUUUAAAUCAAGAAGAAAAAGUAGAAGAAUGGAAUAUGUAA